GCCGAUACCUUGGAAAGGGUGGCGGCUUUGGUCGCCCAAGAUGUGGACAUCAUCGCCUUAGACUCAGCCCAUGGUCAUUCCAAAGGGGUGUUGGAUAAAGUGCGUCAGGUGCGUCAGGCCUAUCCCGAUUUGGACAUUGUAGGGGGCAAUAUCGUAACCGCCGAAGCCGCCAAAGCCCUGAUUGAUGCGGGGGCCAAUGUGCUUAAAGUGGGUGUAGGCCCUGGAUCCAUUUGUACCACUCGGGUGGUGGCGGGUGUGGGAGUUCCCCAACUAUCGGCCAUUCACGAUGUAUAUUCUUAUGCCAAAACGCGCAAUGUGUCGGUUAUUGCCGACGGGGGCAUUAAACUGUCGGGCGAUAUUGUAAAAGCCAUCGCCGCUGGGGCCAGUUGCGUUAUGAUGGGCGGCAUGUUUGCGGGCACCGAUGAAGCCCCUGGAGAAGAAAUCAUAUUCCAAGGCCGUAAAUUCAAAGUGUAUCAGGGUAUGGGGUCGCUAUCGGCCAUGAAAAGAGGCAGCAAAGACCGUUAUUUUCAAUCCAAUUCCGAUGCCAAAAAAUUGGUGCCCGAAGGCAUCGAGGGUCGUGUUCCCAACAAAGGCGCAUUGCAAGAUGUGGUGUAUCAACUGUGUGGUGGAUUGCGGGCUGGAAUGGGCUAUUGCGGUACCCCCGAUAUCAACAGCCUUAUUGAAAACGGACGCUUUGUUAAAAUUACAGGCAAUGGGCUUUUAGAAAGCCAUCCGCACAAUAUUACCAUCACCAAAGAGGCGCCCAAUUAUUCUAACUGA